AUGAUCAAAGUAUUUUUUUCUCGGUGGACUUAUUCAUUUUUUCUCUUUCGCCGUUCAUCAAACGAGGUUGUCAUGGAGAUCGACUUUCUUUUCUUUUUUUUUUUCAGUGUCAUUCUCUCGUCUUUUCUGCAACACAUUAUGGCUUUCCCUUUUACUCGAUCUUUUCCACAUCUCCAUCUAUUUCUGUCUCUCUCUUUCCAUUCUUAUAUGUGGGGAAAUUUCACACGAUCAGCGCUCAGUCAAAAUUCUGUAGCUAAGAGGCAAGGUCUUCCUUCCUUCCUCUCUUUCUCUUUUUCGUCCUGGCUUGGUGACAAUCAAGGUGAAACUAUUAUCUUUCUCCUUCUCCUUCAUCUCGGUGUGGUAUCAUUCCUCUUUGAUCUAUUUACUUCCUCUCUUUCCUUUUCCCACAAGUAUCUCCUUUUGAGAUCUCUUCUCACUUUCUUCAUUUCUUUUCCUAUAAGCUGUCUUCUGUCUCUAUUUCUUCCCGAUUCCACAUAA